UUCUUGACCUCGCAAAAGCGCAAUUCUGUUGCUUCUCGCAAAAGACUCGCAUCGCAUCCUUCAGUUCCUCUCUGUCUAUCGACGAAACCUAAAAACCUUCACUCGACGGAGAUGGACUCAGAUGUCGCCAUGGUUCCGGCCGGCGAGGGAGGCUCCAGCGGCGCCGCCGGAGCUUCGUCUUCAAGCAAGAAGCCGAAGCGCUUCGAGAUCAAGAAGUGGAAUGCCGUCGCUCUCUGGGCUUGGGAUAUCGUAGUUGAUAACUGCGCAAUUUGCAGGAACCAUAUCAUGGAUCUCUGCAUCGAGUGCCAAGCCAAUCAGGCCAGCGCAACCAGUGAGGAGUGCACUGUCGCUUGGGGUGUCUGUAACCAUGCUUUUCACUUCCACUGCAUCAGCCGCUGGUUGAAAACCCGCCAAGUCUGCCCUCUCGGUAUGCAAAAAACUCUUUAUCAAUUGUCCAAACUCUGUUCUUCCAUUGAGGCCUGGAAAUCCCACAUCUUACAUUGGCUUUGUCCAAUCUGCAGAUAA